CGUCGGUGCGACCAAAGGAAAUGGAUUGAUAUUGCAACGUUCUAACUUCAUUUUAUUUUGUUUUAUUUUUGACAAUGUUCACUUUUUUUGGGUCACCGCCAAGACGUGUGCUGUCAAUACACUCGUUCAAAAACGCAUACUCCCGGUACUCCCUUGUAACUACGACGUUGCACAACUUGUACGCAACUGUACACAGUUGUAAUCCUCAGUCUUUUUGGUUUUCUUGCCGAGCACAGCCAUGGAAUGCACAUAACGGCUCUGAAGUCCCGAGCUGGGCUUCGCCGGAGGCACCCGCCCCAAAAUGGGCGCGUCUCCGCGUCGUGUGCGCCAGUUUAGCGGCUGAUGUGAUUGGUUAACAAGGUUCCUUCCUUUGCAAGCGGAAGAAGAUGCGCCAACAGUUACGAUGGGUCGACUUCUUUCAAUUGCUGUCUGACGUCUCGCCUUCUAGUAGCUCAGAAGGAUUCUGCUCCCAAGAUUACCGACGGGGAUUUGUGGUCACGUAUCGCAAGAGGCGAUGAGUCGCACGAGAGAUGAGAUUCCCACAGUAGCUCUCAGAAUGUUCACCUUUGAAGAGACCAAGAACGGCAAGAGCGAGGCGCUGAGCGUGGCCAUACCUGAGGUCUUGGAUGCACAAUACGGCAUGUAUGUGUGGCCCAGUGGGGUGGUGUUGGCUCAGUACAUCUGGAGCAGAAGAGCAGACAUGAAGGACAAGACGGUGCUGGAGCUGGGCGCCGGUGUCAGUCUUCCGGGCGUGCUGGCGUCCCGCUGCGGCGCCAAGGUCAUCCUGUCCGACGACGCCGACUCGCCGGCAUGCUUGGAGAACUGCAGACGCAGCUGCGAGGCCAACGGCUUGUGCGAUGUGGUCACGCUGCCUCUCACCUGGGGGGAAAUCUCCCCCCGCCUGCUCCAGCUUCCACGCCUCCACCUCAUCUUGGCGUCUGACGUUUUCUACGAGCCACGAGAUUUUGAGGACAUCCUAGUCACUGUUGCGUUUCUCCUACGAAAGAACCCCAAUGCUCAGUUUUGGUUGACUUACCAGGAACGAAGUGCCGAUUGGAGCAUCGAGGCGCUGCUGCACAAGUGGAAGCUGGCCUGCGUGGACGUUGACCUGGCAACCUUCAACGGCAACAAAUCUGAGCUGGCAGGGUCCAGCCUUCCCGGCAGCCACGCCAUUCAAAUGAUGAUCAUCACGCGCAAGAUGGACACUGAUGUGUGACGGGCCAAGUGGAAAAAAAGAAGCGUCAGGUUUAUUUUAUUGUGAAGAAAAGAGACCGGGUAUACCGUAUUGAUAAAACGUUCUAAGAAUGUGAAUAUCCAAGAUUACAGCCAGUGACUAAUUUGCUGAUUCAGUCAAUAGGGGACAAAGACCAAGCGGGCCUAGUACCAGAUUUGGGGUGUUCAGCUCUGGAGCUUUGUUGGACAUGAUGGAGAUGACAGGCAAACGCAAUUGACCCCUCCGUACAGGGCACUUAACCACGCCCCCUGAAGUGACGUCACGCCACGUGCGCCGAUGUAGGACAAACAAUUCGUAAAAAUGGCAAAUACAAUACAAUACAUUCUGAACUGAGACAGACUCCAUGCUUCUCAUUUCAUUCAAAUCAACGAUAUGUUAUAGAUUCUAAAUACAAUACAUUCUGAACUGAGAGAGACGCCAUACUUCUGAUUUCAUUCAAUCAUUCACCCGUAGCAAUGUUAUGCUAGCGGAGAACGUCUCAUUCAUUUAUACGAGAUGUGUAUUAAAAAUCAAAUUUAGGGCAUAUCUUCGUGCAAACACAGUCUGGUUAAGCUUCGGCCGCGAGCCAGCAAGAAAUCGAUACGUUUGUGCAGUCCGAUCAUCGCUAAAUAUCGCUCAACAAAGAAUAAGUGUGUCAAUCGUUCACACGCAGCAGUGUUAUGCUAGCGAAGAACUUCGAAUUCAUUUAUACGAGACGUGUAUUAAAAAUCAAAUUUAAGGCAUAUCUUCGUGCAAACACAGUCUGGUUAAGCUUCGGCCGCAAGCUAGCAAGAAAUCGAUACGUUUGUGCGGACGAUCAUCGCUAAAUAUCGCUCAACAAAGAAUAAGUGUGUCAAUCGUUCACACGCAGCAGUGGUAUGCUAGCGAAGAACUUUGAAUCAAAUAAUUCAAUCAAAUAUAGGGCAUACCUUCGUGCAAACGUGUGUUCCGGUUGAUAUUAGAUGGAUUUAGUUGAUGAUGCGGUCUUCCCUAAAGUUUGAUCCAUCGAAGGCAUUUUUCGUACUGGGUCUUCGGUUUUGGAAAGGGUACGAAUGGAACUCCACCAACUGGCCUUUCAGGAUACCUGUCGUCACUAUUACAAAGUCCGUGACUACACCUCUUAACCAUAUUUUUUGUUAAAUAACCCAAAUACGCGAUAAAACGCUAACUAAACCUAUACUGGACCAUGCAAUGUUGUCUGAGAAAAUGGCGGGAGCAAAAACGGGCUUUGGUUUAUGCAGAUCUCUGGCCUCUGAUUGGUCAGUGACGCGGAUUGCGCAAUAUCCACGGAGGGCUCAAUUGUCUGGCAUCCUCCGCCGAGUUCAUCGACAAUGUUGCGUGCCUUCGUUUCUUUCCUCUUUGUGUUCGUUAAGUAAACGUCAUGGAGACUUUUUUCGACGCUUAUUUAAAGGAUGCAGGACAGGUUGAAAGAUGAAAAUUGAUUUUAAAAUCACAGUUGAUUGUAACAUACUGCUGACUGUGGUCAUUUCUUUGAAUGUUUAGCCAGCAGUUUAAUGACAACCUGGCUGACGGGAUGAAAACAUUUGCAAUCCUCACCUUUUUUUUUUUUAAAUUCAAAUCAACCCACUUCGGGGUCCACGACCACUCGGAGCAAUCAACAGAGACUGGAAUAGUAUUCAUUUUUGAGAAAGGAAUAUUGAGGAAAUUUGAAGACCUAGUUAUUCAACUUUAUUUUGCCUUUAAUAGCUUUUGUCACCUUGUAAAAUAGUAAACAAAAACCUCAUUUAUCUGUCCUUGCAGUUGAUUGCAUAUGAUAUUUCAGUUUUGUUUUUCAAAACGGUUUGUUCAGUUUUGUUUUUGUUCUCCACGCAUACCAUGUAAUGUUAGUAUUUAUUAACACUGACUGACAGAAAUAGAGGGCCCCAAAAUCUAUAUUUUGCUCCCUGCCAGAUCCGGAUUCAUAUGGGGUGCCUUUUGGAAAGCUGCUUACGGCAAAAAUAACAGCAACAUUUUGUCACAUUCAGCUUCAAAACGUGUUUAAAACGCUGGUGGGAAUUUUCCAGAUUCACUUUGUGGCCUAUUUACAAUCAUAUUUGUCAAAGUCCUAAUUAAAGCCAAAUGUUAA